AUGGUGCACGACCAAGGCGGCCAACUCGACAUUAUUAGCAACAACGUCACCAGCACCAGAGACGAUACUCAAGGUGCCGAUCGUGAGCUGCGUACUGCCAGCAGACAUCAGAAGAAUGCAAGGAACAAGAUGUGCUGUCUGCUGUUGAUCCUGGCUGUCAUCCUGACCGUCGUCAUUGUUGCUGCUGUUGCUGGUUAG